UCUUCCAACUUUUCACGUAUACAGGGCAGCUUUCCAUUUCCUUACAUCGUCGCAUAUCUGAAGUAAUAUUAAUAAAAACGACAAAAUUCAGUGGUUAUGGCCUGCGGGGCAUUGGUAUCUGUAGGCGGAACAGCAUUCAGUUGUCUCCUGCAUUGAUAAUUUUAGCAUCUACUGUAGCCGUCUAACGCGUUUUUUUUUGCGUUCCGCACGUUUGGUGCACGUUUUUCCAGUAGUUCCUUAUUGGCGACCAGCGUUCUUUAAAUACGACUGACGUGCACUGCCAAGGGAAUUGUCUUAAGACGCGUCAGGAUCCAGACGGGAUGGCAAGCCGGCCGGGAGCGGGAGCGGGGCUGGCCAGCACGCUGUCGGUGGCGCCCAACGUGUGUCUGCGACGGCGCCACAGCACCUCCCUCAGCCAGACGCGCAACUUCAUCGACGCCAAACUCAUGGGCAAGAGCGGCCGCGUGGUGCCCCUCAGCGGCUACAAAUUCCAGGAGAUCUGGCGCCACUACGACACUGACCGCAGCGGUUUCCUGGAGGGCAAAGAGAUCGACGCCUUCCUCGGGGAUUUCCUCACUUCCAUCUGCUCCGGGACCGGGGACGAAGUGGUAACCAAAACCGAAGUGGAAGAGUUCAAGAAGAAUUUCAUGGAGGAAUUUGACGCUAAUCAUGACGAGAAGAUCUCUGCCAGCGAACUGGUCAGUCUGCUGCCGGUGGAGGAGUCGGUGUACCUGGCCUUCCGGCUGGACUGCGGCCCCACUCGCGGCGUCGACUACAUGAAGAUUUGGCACAAGUAUGACGAGGAUAACAGCGGCUACAUCGAGUCUCAUGAGCUCAAGCGCUUCCUCCGCGACAUCGCCAACAACGGCCGGUCCAGCCGGGAGCAGUUCCCCCUGGACGACAGCCAGCUGGACAACUACGCCAAGACCAUUAUGGCCAUCUACGACUGCGACCAGGACGGCCGGCUCUCCCUCUCGGAACUGACCAAGCUACUUCCACGCGAAGAGAAUUUCGUCCAGAUCCUCAUUGACAAGACCAUUCGGCUGGAGCGGCUGACGGAGGAAGAUGUGGAGUAUCUCAUUGACCGCUUCGACAAGAAUAAGACGGGGACGCUGGACGGAGAGGAGAUCACGCGGCUGUCGCACGAGGUGCUGGCGCUGACCAAUCCCGAUCAGAGCUACACCGCCGACGACGUGUACGCGCUGAAGCGGACGCUGCUGGAGCUGACGGACGCCAACGAGGACGGCCAGCUGGACAAGCAGGAGCUGCACACCAUCAUCACCAUGCUGGCGCGGUGUCGACGGCCCCACGCCGCCAGCAAGAACAAGAAGACCUCCCCCACGACGCCCCACCUCCGACCCGCCCGCUCGCAACGGCCCUCCAACACCGACUAGCCACAUGCGCUCAAUUCUGUCUAAGCACCUGCAACCACGGCGUGUCCCGUCCCCUACCGGAAGUGCUCGUGCAGCAAAACAUGUACAGCAAUAUACUUGCCUACAGGCUACAGCGUUCGUUGCAGCUGUGUUCUGGCUGUUAUUAAUUAACAGUCUCGUUAAUGGUCAAAAUACUGAUGAAGCAUGCUGAUGCUGAAAUAUUACACAGCAUGCUGAUGAAGUCUGGUUAAAUAGGUACAUACUCGUUCGAUUGUUCUUCUGAUUAGCGUAUAUCGCAUACGGCACACGGUAGUCCAAGUCUUUUAGUUUAGUUCUUCAUGAGCAGACAAGCCCUUGAGGCACUCACGCGUCCGGCCAGAUCUAAUUUGCCGCGCCGCUUCGGUUGUUGUACUUUUCUAGAAUAACGUUCUCUCCCAUAUUCGUACAGUUGGAAAAAUUAUAAUAAAAAAAUAAAUUCCUUUGAUGUAUAAUGUUACUAUGUACCUGUGUGACUGUGUCUAGAUCUGUGUAUACUAUAACACAAUGUCGAUGUGAACGCGUGACCAGGAUAACUUUUUAUUUCCUG